AUGUUCCGCAAAAUCCGGGCCCGCAACGACGCUGCCCAAGGCCCGGGCCCUGAAGCCUUUCCUGAACUGUUCUGGCAUUGGUACUCAGAUAGUUACUCUCGGCUACCGUCAUCGACCAAUGAUCCAGCCGACGUGUUGCCGCAUAACCUGAAGAACUAUACGGGGAAACUGUCUGCGGUGGUGCAAGUGAAGAGUUUCUUUCUGCUGGAGAUGCCGCAGCCGUCGACGAACCAGGUGGUUGCGCUUCUUAAGCUGCCGUUUACCAAUGGAGAUGUGGUGAGGACGUAUACGCUAAUUCGAUUCUUUCAGCUUAGUGAGAGUGGUUAUUUUAUUACGAACGAUGGGUUUGACCGCCUGGGUGCCACGAUUGAGUUUGCUGGUGCUGAAAAUUGGGAGAAUGUGAUGUGCUAUAUGGAUGCUCUUUUGUUUCUGAUGUUUGCCAACUUGGAGAGUUUCGAGCCUAUUUUGUUUGUGCUGAACCAGCAUGCUAACCCAUUGGUGCAUCAGCUUUCGGGAUUGCUCCGAGUAUACGUUAAUUUGAUGCGUUCAGGCAAUCUCAUCACUACUGACAUUUCGAUGAGGAUGUGUGAAUGCCUUAUGAAACUUGGCUAUAACGAGGCCAUGAGCCAUCGUCAACAGGACGUGGCUCCACUAUUUGAGUUCUUGACUGAAACCCUUCAAAUGCCAUUGUUGACGUUUAAGGUUGAAAUUAAGCAUCUGGGGAAACACGAGAAUGACGAUACAAAGUACUCCAAGGAACGUAUUUUGUUUGUUUCUGUUCCUGAUGCUGAAAAGUCUGCUACACCGGUAAAACCUGAAGAUCAGUUCAUUGAAAACGAUAGAAAAGAUUCGGGAGAUGCCAUUUUAUUGGAAGAGUGUCUUGAACAUUACUUCAAUAAUUCCAUUUCCGUUAAGCGAGAGCUUGAACGCCGUGCUACUCUUGAUAGUCUACACAAACCCCUGGAGACGUUUGUGGAAGCUAAGGAUACAAAAGAGCCGGUUAUUAAUGAGUCUGACAUUGAGUUAUCUCUGGAUAAGCCUCAGGACACUAACAUUUCAUUCAACACUCCUGGAAGAGCCAGACAUAGCACCCAGGGCUCCCAGGCGAAUCUGGUUCGUGUUAGAACACGUUCCUCAACGCUCUCUAUCUGGUCUAUCUCCAGCGUAGAGUCUAAGCCCAAGGAGGUGAUGCUUCCAGCAUGGAUGUUGUUACGUCUUUUACCGUUUUACACGGAUGAUAACGAUAUAAAUAACGCUAACGAGAGCGUGGCUCGUAACUCCAAGGAAUUCGUCAACAGAAGACCAGUUCUACCUAUCUGUCUUAAGAGAUACUCCUUUGAUGCAACGGAGCAGCUGGCAAACCGUUCUAACAAGCGUAUCAUUAUACCACCAGUCAUUGAGUUGCCAUCGUUUGUGGCUGACGAUGUUGACAACACCGAUACUGGAGGGUUCAAGCUUAUACUUGAAAGUGCAUUGUGUCACAGAGGAACUACCAUUGCAUCGGGUCAUUUUGUUUCUGCUGUGAGGAAGAAUAUCCAUGUUGUGGAUGAAACCUUGGAAGAAUCGCUCAAUGCAGAGUGGUUCUUGUAUGACGAUAUGAAGAAGAAGAAGGUGGUGAAGAAGACUUUCAGUGAGAUUUUCGAUAAGGAAUGGCCAUAUAUGCUUUUCUACCGGUUAGCAUCUUCAACUGCUGGUGGAAGCUCUGUUCUGUCAUUUCAAUCGGGAAGUAAAGUGGAUGCUGCUAGCCCUGUGUUUGCUCCUAGAGGCUCUAGGCUGAAGUACUGGACUGAAGACACAUUGACUCCAAUUCUCUCUAGAAGCGAGUCUAAGAGCGACCUGGAGUCAAAGCCAAGCACUUCAGUUGCGACGCCGUUUUCGCUUGAAAGCGCAGUGAAGACAUCUUUUGGCAGCGAUACAAGCACAUCAAGCAUACCUAUCCCAGAAAUCCUACCGUCCAGCUCAAAGUAUGUCGAUAUACGCCAGAGGUACCUCUGGUACGUGACGGACGAAGAAAUGAACUACUACAAGGAAUGUGCGUCUGUCUCGAAGACUGGCAGCAGAAACAUGAGUAUCAGUUUCACUCCGCAAUUCAGAAGAAACAGUCAAUGGAGUGAAAAUUCCAACAUCAGCGGCCUUGCGUUGGCUGAAUCGGCUGCAACCGAGAAGGUUGACAUGGACACCGUCUACCAGAAGCUUGAAAAACUUAAACCUUCAGAUUCAACCCCUGCCAACGAAGAGCAUGAAGAACGCAAACACCACAGACAUCUUGGCCAUUUCCUUCACGGCAAAAGCGGCGCUUCUCUCCAACGAAAAGAGAACAAGAAACGUCUUAAUGAGUACAAGAAAGAGAAAUGUGUGAUCACUUAA